AUGUCAGGCGGAUCAUCACCACCGACAAUCCAAGUCGAACUUGAGCAUGAAGACUACGAAAAGCUCUCCUCCACAAUAUGGUUCAGCUAUGAGGUCUGCGCACCCAUAAGGCCACUACCGCCAGUCGGAGACCGCCAAGAAAUCAAAACGGAGAGACUCGUCAUCAGACCGCUCCUACCAUCCGAUCUCGAGGCUUUCCACGAGCUUCGCAGCAUAGCCGAGAUCCAGGCCAACUCGACAUUCCGUGGACGGCCCAACAGGGAUCUAGCAGAGUCGAAGGAGCAACUCGAACGCUUACAGGCGCCGUACGACAAGCGCCACUGGUACUGGGGGGCGUUCCUAGCCUCAACUGGUGAGCUCAUAGGCGAGGCCGGCCUCCCGGAUAGCGAGGACCAGCCAACGUCGGGCUGGACGCGGUUCGAGAUCCUGAUAAAGCCCAAGUUCCAACGGCAGGGGUACGGCCCCGAGCUCUACAAGGCCGUGCUGGACGAGUGGUGGAAGAUGCCCGGGGAGAAGAGGAGGCGGCAGCUCCUGCCGGUGGCGGCCGGGGACAAGGAGCCCGGGGAGGAGGUGAGGGAGUCGAUCGAGCUCGUGUGGGAGGCCGACAACGAGGCGGCGCGGAAUUUCUUCGCCAAGAUGCUCGGGCAGUCCAAGGUCUCGCUCCAGGCCUCGUUUGUGGGCUUUGACUGGAGGGAAGGGCGCGAGGGGAAUCUCGUGCGCUGGGUCGCGGCGCAUGUCGCGUGUCCUGCGCCUCGUGCGAAACAGUUGCCGUCAUAUAGGGGCAUAAGACGCGUCUAG